AUGCCAUCAUCUCACAGGGAACGCCCCCUCUACAAGGUUUUAGGGAUUUCACCCAGCUCCACGGUUGAGGAGAUCACACGCGCGUAUCGCCGUCUUGCCUUGCAAUACCACCCUGAUCGCAAUCCCGAUGGCGCCGAGCAAUUCAAGGAGCUCUCCAAUGCCUAUUACGUUCUCAGCGACCCGGUGAAGAAGGGGUUGUACGACGCGACGGGCAUCGUCGAGGGCGUUUCCGACGCCUCGGAGGACCCCCAGCGGACGAUGAAGAAGCGAUCCGACGAGAUGAAAGAUCAGGUUCGAGGCUUCUUUGCUGUCUACGCCGGAUCGGCGGAGGAGCGGGAGGACGUCGUCAAAAGCUACGUGGCGGCGCGUGGCGAUUUCGCGGCGAUGAUUCGCAAGCACCUCCUCUUUGAUAACGGGAAGCCUGCGGAGGUUCGGCGGCUGUAUGACGUCGUCUGCGCGCUACUGCUUGAGGGAAAGCUGAGGCCGACAGAUGCCUGGAAUGCGACCACCACGCCCAAGGCGAUUAAGAAGAUCGAGCAUCGGAUGCAACGCGAGCGUGAAGAGGCGGAAAAGGCACUCAGGGAGAUGAAUCUCGAGUCCGAAAACAACGAGACGCACGAUAAUAACGAGGAGUUAUCGCUGCAAGCGCUCAUUAAGCAGCGGCAGAAAAACUCAUGGGAGUCCAUGUUGAAUCACAUGGAGGCUAAAUACAUUCCGAAUGAAAAUAAGGCAUCGAAAAAGCGGCCGGCUAAACGGGCGAGGGAAAGCUUACAUUAA